GGCACCAUAUCCCUAACAAUAUGUGUGAGCGAUCAUGGAACACCAUUGCGAUCUAUGACCACAGAGCUGCAGAUACUUGUAGAUGACCUGCCACCAAACGGAGUAAACUCAAAUCCACGCGAUUUGGAAGGCAGGACAAGAGUCGAAAAAUUUAGGAUCACCGCAGAAUCAGGCCUGCCGGCCAGCAGCCCAGUUGAUGUGACACUAAACUCGGUACCAACUGGCAUCUCUACAGGAGAAGCAGGAAUUAGCCUAGCCGGCUGGUGGUCUGCAAGUGGAAUGGAGGUUAACAAGCUCAUUAUUAUAUGUAUUGUCGUUGCAACGGCAGUCGUCUGCAUUGUUCUGGUUCUUGCAAUAUGUCUAUUUGCCAGACGUAUCACCUGGACAAGCACCAAUAGGCAUCCUGGUGAAUCAAAUUUAGCUUCUCCUCUAAGUACAGCUAUGAAUAUAGUCGUUGGAAAAAGCGUCUGCAGUCAAGGAUCUGGCGUCAGAGACAGCCUCCAGCAACAGACACACCAGUCCCACCAACAGUCAAACAAUCAGAACAUCUUUGAAAAUGGGCUACUCGAGCUACCAGUAGCUGUUACUAGUAUGUCAAAUAAAUUGGAGGAACUAAAGUGUAGUACCGUAAAUUGCCAAGUGUGUGGUCAACUUCAGAACGGCCCUAUAAUAAGCAAUGGAGAGUGCCAUUCGGGCAGAGUGAAAGUGAUACUAGAUUGCCAGCCCAAUAAUCCUCAUCAGGUAAUCCGAAAUGUUAACAAGACUACCGACAACUAUACCAAAAGCAUGACUGGAUGGAGAUCACAUCAUCAAGAGGAAGACAAUGAAAGUGUUGGCCUGUAUAACGAAAUGAAACGUAGAAGCAUACAAAUUAAUGAGAUGUGCGAAUCAAGUGAA